AUGUUCUCCAUACUACCAGACCUCUCUCCGCACGACCCCCACACCGUCUGGUAUACAUCAUCCCGACAGCCCUUCCUCGCCUCGACGACGCAACAACAUGACAGUUCCGCCGCCGACACACCAGCUCAAGGUCCGGGCCCGGCCCCCCGCCGACCCGGCCAGGCAGCUCUCGAGCGCUCGGCCCUUGCCCGCCUGCGCGCCGACGAGCAGUACGUGGAGCGGCGCAAGCACAACGUCAGCAAUUUCGGCAGCACGUGGCUAAAGCCGCCCGGCGUGGCCAAGUCGCUGUUCCAGAUGCGCGAGGAGCGCCGCGAGGCGGAGGAGCACGCCGAGGCCAUGCGGCGUGAGCAGCUCGCCCAACAGCUCGCGGACGCUGAGGGCGCGGCCGCCGGCGGUCUCGAUGACAUGGGCGUCACAGAUCUCGACGGCGAGCCCAUGGAUGAGGACGGCAUGAUGGAGGGUGGGCGCGACCUGGAUGACGAGAUCCCUGAUGCAGACACGGACGGGUUUGGUUUUGACGGCGCGGAGGAGGAUAGUGACGAAGACGAGGAAAACGACUCCGAAGCUGGCGGGGCAGACGAUGAGGACAGGCCGGAAGCAAGUCCUGCUCAGCAGCAGCAGCAAAGAGCCAUUCGGGACCAACUACGGAAUGUGCGUGCUACGGAAGACCGCGUGCGGGAGCUGAUGAUUCGUGGUCAGGGGCCCGACUCAGAAGUCUACGGGGCUGAGGAUGACAUUGACGAGGAGGACCGCGCUCAGAUGCUCGAGGAAGAUGACCUCGUGCAAAUUCCUGUCCAUAACGCGGAACCUGGCAUGAAUAUGGACAUGGAUGCAGACCUUGACGAUGACAUCCCCGAAGCCGAGAGUGGUGGCUAUGAACAUACUGAUACUGAAGCGGAGCUUAGCAGCAGUGAAGAUGGUAGCCAGGACGGGAGGUUUGCCGAGGACUCUGCCCAGAGGCAGUUUGCCACGAAGCAGUAUUCGAAGCGAUAUCGAUCUCAGCAGCCUUCUAUCGCGAGACGGAAGUAG